AUGGCAGGAGAACUGGGUUUGUGGUACAUCCCGCCAAAGAGCUUGGACAAGUACAUUGAAGACUUUCUCCUGCCUGAUACCUCUUUCCGGAUUGAGCUCAAAAGGGCCAUUAACAUCAUCUGCUCCUUCCUAAAGGAGAGAUGUUUCCAGGAUACAUGGACGCCAGUUCGGGUGACCAAAGUUGUGAAGGGAGGUUCAUCUGGCAAAGGUACAGCCCUGAGAGGACGCUCCGAUGCGGACCUGGUGGUGUUUCUCAGCAAUCUCAGAAGCUAUCAGGACCAGAUUGAUCGCCGAAGUGAGUUCAUUAAGGAAAUCAAGAAACAGCUGGAGGCAUGUCAACGUGAACAAAGGUGGAUGUUUGAAAUCAAAUUUGAGGAAAACAAGUGGUCCAACCCUCGAGUGCUCGGCUUCAGACUGAAAUUUCCUGGCAUCAGUGAUUCAGUGGACUUUGAUGUACUCCCAGCCUUUGAUGUUCUAGGUCAACUGAGCAGAGACCUCAGAAAACCUAACCCCAAGGUCUACAUUGAUCUCAUAAAGGAAUCCUCAGGGAGAGGGGGAGAAUUCUCUACGUGUUUCACAGAACUACAAAAGCGCUUCCUCAAACAGCGCGAUACCAAGCUCAAAAGUCUGAUCCGAUUGGUGAAACACUGGUAUAAAAUGUGCAAAGAGAAAGUGGAUUCACUCCCACCUCAGUAUGCCCUAGAGCUCCUGACCAUCUAUGCCUGGGAACAUGGAAGCAAAGAAACUUAUUUUAACACAGCCCAGGGUUUCCGGACAGUCCUGUACCUGAUCCAACAAUACCAACAGCUCUUGGUCUACUGGACCGUCUAUUAUGACUUUGAUAAUGAUAUCAUUGGAGAUUACCUUCGUUCUCAGCUCCAGAAACCCAGGCCAGUGAUCCUGGAUCCAGCUGACCCAACUGGAGAUGUGGGGGGCGGAAGUCGAUGGCGCUGGGACAGACUGGCACAACAAGCUCGAAUGUGGUUAUCUGCCCCCUGUUUUGAAAAGAUGGAUGGUACCAGGGUGGAGCCAUGGAAAGUGCCAGUGAAGCAGACUCCAUAUGGAAGGGAUGGUUUUUUCUUAUUCCAUGAAUCAAUAGAGACCUUUCCUACUCACAGUCUCAGUCUACAAUGCAAUCAUCACUUCCACAAUGAACUGCCCAAAGAAGAAGAGUCUUACUGCACAAUUCUCUGA